AUGGCGCUGAUGCGGCGCUACACUCUCUAUGUCCUCAUGGGCUUUAGUCUCAUCUACUUUCUUUACUGUCUCAAGACACCUUAUGAGAACCCAGACAACGCGGUUAUAGUCGGCGACCACGACCACCACGAACAUGAGCAUGAACAUGAGCAAGACCACGAGCACGAGCACGAGCACGAGCAUCAGCAACAUCCAGAUCAACAUACACACGCAAACGAGCCUCAAAGGACAAACAAGUUCCCGUCGUUUGAUUGGGCCAAGGUGUCCUUCCACAAUCGCAUCGAGUCGUUCAUUCCGCUACCAACCGGCAAACCGAAAGCGCUACCCAAGAUCCAGUUCAGAUUCCGACCCGAAGAUGCCACGGCCAAGAACAUCCGUGAGACGAGACGAGAAGAAGUCAAAAAGCAGUUCUUCAAAUGCUGGAAGAACUACCGCAGUCAUGCAUGGAUGCACGACGAGGUGCGUCCCAUAAGCGGGGGAGUGUCGGAUCACUUUGGAGGCUGGGCCGCCACCCUCAUUGACGCGCUCGACACACUAUACAUUAUGGGAUUUGAAGAGGAAUUCGAGUCGGCCGUCGAGGACGUCGAGCGCAUCGACUUUGGAUACACGGAUCUGGAAACAGUCAAUGUCUUUGAGACCAACAUCCGGCACCUGGGUGGUCUCUUAUCGGCCUUUGAACUCAGCGGCGACGAGCGAUUGUUGAAAAAGGCCAAGGAGGUUGGCGAAAUGUUGUACCAUGCGUUCGACACACCCAAUCACAUGCCCAUUACUCGAUGGCAGUUUCGCGCUGGAGGCGAGGGCAAGCCCCAAGCCGCAGACGGGCAGGUUCUCCUUGCAGAAAUCGGAAGUAUGACCAUGGAGUUUACGCGCCUCUCGCAAUUGACAGGAGAUCCAAAAUGGUAUGAUGCGGUAGCAAGAAUAUCCCAGCUCCUAGAAGCCCAGCAGAGUAAAACGAAGCUUCCAGGCAUGUGGCCGCUGAUGGUAAACGCACGAAAUGCGGAUUUCACCCAAGACACCAGUUUCACCCUCGGCAGCAUGGCCGACUCCACAUACGAGUAUCUGGCCAAAGAAUACAUGCUCCUCGGCGGCCUCGACACCACCUACCAGAAAAUGUACGAAAGCGCCAUGGACACUGCCUCCAAACAUACCCUCUUCCGCCCUUCCAACCCAGAAGACUACGACAUGCUCGCGUCCGGCUUCGUCUCCGUCUCCGAAGACUCAACCCCUCACCUCGACCCCGUCCUCCAGCACCUCGCCUGCUACACCGGCGGCAUGUUCGCUCUAGGCGGCCGCCUCUUCUCAAACGAGACACAUCUACAAAUCGCCCGCAAGCUCACAGACACUUGUGUAUGGGCCUACCACGCAUCCCCAGCAGGCAUCAUGCCAGAAGUAUCGCAUCUACUCCCCUGCACCUCCUCCACCACAUGCUCCUGGGACGAAUCCGCAUGGGAAAAAGGUAUCGUGGCCCGCACCUCCGCCUCCGACAAAGAGCAGGAUCCACUCAAGAACAUUGCGAACUUGCGUCUUCCACCGGGUUUCACAUCUAUAGAAGAUCGCCGCUAUAUCCUCCGUCCCGAGGCCAUCGAGAGCGUGUUCGUCAUGUAUCGUGUUACAGGUGAGCAGCAGUGGCAGGCUGCGGCGUGGGACAUGUGGAAUGCGAUUUUGAAGUCUACGGAUACGGACAUUGGGAAUUCGGCGCUGGUGGAUGUUUCGGCACCGCAGCCGCCUAGGGAGGAUAGUAUGGAGAGCUUCUGGAUGGCGGAAACGCUGAAAUAUUUUUAUCUUACAUUUAGCCCGCCCAGCGUUAUUAGUCUUGAUGAAUGGGUUUUUAAUACCGAGGCACAUCCAUUCAAGGUGCCCAAACCCAAGGCUUAG